GAGUAUUUCUUUCGGUCACCUUUGUUUUCAUGUAAACUUACUAUUGUGAAACGGACAAUUGCCAUGAAUUUUAUGACGAAAUUGAGGAACAAAUUCAGGAGAUUUAAACAGUUGACAUGCUUUUCUUUGGCCUUUAUAGGCAGUGAUAAGAUUUAGUACGUAGAUAUAUAUAUGGUCUUAUGUUUGGAUCAACUACACCAAACUUUGUUAAUUAUUGAAAUUAAAGAUGGAAGAUGAACAAAAGGAAAUUGCUAUUAAGGUGGCAGGAGACAAGUAUAGAACUAUCUUGCAUGAAGAAACAGAAAACAAAGACAUCCAAUGGAGACAUGGUGGUCCUCCAAUUUUCUACGAGGUUAACAAGCUCUUUGAAGAAGGAAGAACAAAGGUUUGGCCAAAAGGUUCACUUGAAGAAACAGUCCAAAAUGCAAUCAAGACAUGGGAGAUGGAGUUUUCCCACAAAACUCGUUUGCAAGACUUUAAAUCUAUUUGCCCUGAGAAGUUCAGGCUCUUUGUCAAUGGAAGAGAAGGGUUAACGGGGGAAGAAGUGCUAAGGCUUGGGAGUUACAAUUCCUUAUUAAAGAGUUCAAUGCCAGAAGAAUUCCAGACAUAUUACAAAGCCAGUGAAGAGACAUUUGAAUCAUCACACGACUCGUUUCGAGCUGCGUUACCUAGAGGGUUCGCAUGGGAGGUGAUCUCUGUGUAUUCAGGACCGCCUGUUAUUGCUUACAAGUUUAGACAUUGGGGUUACUUUGAAGGACCUUAUAAAGGUCAUGCUCCUACCGGAGAAAUGGUUCAGUUUUAUGGCCUUGGCAUUUUGAAGGUGGAUGAAUCGAUGAAAGCAGAGGACCUAGAAAUCUAUUUUGAUCCUGCGGAGCUGUUUGCGGGGCUAUUAAAGGGUCAACCUUUAUCUGAUCAACCAACCACUAUCAGCCACCGCGAUACUGGUGAUAUAUGCAGAGGCGAUGACAACAACCACCAAGAGACAAUGGACUAAAGACUCUCAGAGUGCAUCUUUUGUUAGAGAUAUGAGAUAUUAGAAAUACUGUAUAAUAUAUCGCUCUACAUCUUUGCCCUAAAUAGUUUAUAAGAAGUUUUUGUUGUUGCAAGAUUUGUAUGCUAUGGUUGUGACUAGUGAGGUUUUAGUUGUUUUGCUUUGAUAUUUCAAGGUUGUAUAACAUAUUUACAUAUUAAUAUAAGUUGUGUAAUGAUGUUA